CUUUAUCUUCUCACAGCGUGUAUAAUCUCGAGCGUACAUGUAUCGGGAUUGGAAUUGAUGUAUAUAUUCGGCGGCUACUGAAGGAAGGAGAAAGAGGAGUGAUCGAUAGUAGCUUGCGAAGAUGCUGGAAGAUCAAGUGGCGUAUUUGCUGCAGCGGUAUUUGGGAAACUAUGUCUCAGGACUCAACAAAGAAGCUCUGAAGAUCAGUGUCUGGCAAGGAGAUGUAGAACUUACCAACAUGCAAUUGAAACCAGAGGCACUCAAUGCAUUGAAGUUGCCCGUGAAGGUUAAGGCUGGAUUCCUUGGGUCAGUUAAACUUAAGGUCCCGUGGAGCAGGCUUGGCCAAGAUCCUGUCGUAGUUCACCUUGAUCGCAUUUUUUUAUUGGCUGAGCCUGCAACCCAGGUUGAAGGAUCUAGUGCGGAUGCUAUUCAAGAAGUUAGGAAGAACCGGAUACGGGAAAUGGAAACAACGCUGGUCGAGAGUAGACUAAUGAUGGAGACAGAAAUGAACACCUCUUGGCUACAAUCUUUGAUCAGCACAAUAAUUGGAAAUUUGAAGCUUACCAUCUCGAACAUACAUAUCAGAUACGAAGAUGUAGAGAGCAAUCAUGGCCAUCCAUUUGCUGCGGGUAUAACAUUAGAGAAACUCUCAGCAAUGACAGUUGAUGACACUGGGAAGGAGACAUUUAUCACUGGAGGUGCAUUAGAGCGGAUACAGAAGUCCGUUGAGCUUGAAAAGUUAGCUGUUUAUUUCGAUUCUGACAUCAUACCAUGGCAUACUGACAAACCAUGGGAGGGUUUGCUACCAGUGGAGUGGGUUAAGGUUUUCAAAAAUGGGACCCAGGAUGGCAAACCAGCUGAUGAUCUUUUAAAAGAGCAUUCAUAUAUUUUGCAACCUGUGUCAGGGAAUGCAAAAUUCUCUAAACAGCGGCCUGAUGCAUCAUCAUUUCAUAGUAGUGAACCGCUGCAGAGAGCAGCUGUAACUCUGGAUGAUGUGACUCUAUGUUUGUCAAAGAAUGGUUAUAGAGAUAUGAUAAAGUUGGCCGAGAAUUUUUCAGGGUUCAACCAGCGAUUGAAGUAUGCUCAUUUUCGCCCACCUGUUGAUAUAAAAUCUGAUCCAAGAUCUUGGUGGCAGUAUGCCUUUAAAGCUGUCUCUGAUCAGAUAAAGAAGGCCAGUGGCAAACUAUCGUGGGAGCAGGUCUUGCGAUAUACACGCUUACGCAAGAAAUACAUUUCCUUAUAUGCUUCACUAUUGAAGUCUGAUCCUGACCGGGUUGUCAUCGAUGAUAACUUGGAUGUUGAGGCACUGGACCGUGAACUGGAUAUUGAAAUUAUACUUCAGUGGAGAUUGCUUGCCCACAAGUUUGUGAAGAAUUCGAUGGAAUCAGAUCUCUAUGUAAGAAAACAAAAAGCGAACAAACCUUGGUGGCAAUUUGGAUGGUCUAGCCAAUCUGUUGAAGAUGAAAGAGCUCCAGGAACUUUCAGUGAGGAAGAUUGGGAAAGAUUAAAUAAUAUUAUUGGGUACAAGGAAGGUGACGAAGAACCGUUAUUUGCAACCCAUGACAGGAGAGAUAUACCUCAUACUACCUUGGAGAUUCACAUGAAGCAUAAUGCAUCUAAGCUUAGUGAUGGUCAGGACUGUUUUGCUGAUUUAUCCUAUGACAAUCUUGAUUGUUUUAUUCAACUUUACUCAGAGACAAAAGUUUUUGACAUAAAGUUGGGAUCAUAUCAGUUGUUGUCUCCAAAUGGUCUUAUUGCUGAGAGUGCAACUGCCAAGGAAUCAUUGGUUGGUGUUUUUUGUUUGAAGCCUUUGGAUGCUAAUUUGGACUGGAGUUUGGAAGCUAAAGCUUCUCCCUGUUAUGUAACUUAUCUGAAGGACUCAGUUGAUCAAAUUGUCAACUUCUUUGAAAGCAAUGUUGCUGUAAGUCAAAGCAUAGCUCUGGAGACUGCCGCUGCUGUUCAGAUGACUAUGGAUGAGGUCAAGCGAACUGCACAGCAACAAGUAAACAGAAUGCUUAAGGAUCAAACGAGGUUCUUACUAGAUUUGAAUAUCGCAGCUCCCAAAGUUACCAUUCCGACAGAAUUUUCUCCAGAUGGCAUCCACUUCACAAAGCUUUUGCUUGACUUGGGAAAUUUAGUGAUUCGUACAAAGGAUGAUUCUGAGUAUGUUUCACACGAGGACAAGAAUAUGUAUGCACAGUUUGAUCUUGUUUUGAGUGAUGUCUCUGCUUUUCUGGUCGAUGGUGACUACCUCUGGGGGCAAGUAAUUCCAAAUAGAAUAGGUGGCCCUUCCACGUCUAACAUUAUUAGCUCUAUGCCUGUUAUUGAUAAAUGUGGGGUAAUUUUGAAGCUUCAGCAGAUCCGACUACAAAACCCGGGAUUUCCUUCGACAAGAAUUUCAGUUCGACUUCCAUUCCUUGGUUUUCAUUUUUCCCCUGCUCGUUAUCAUCGGCUGAUGCAAGUAGCGAAGAUUUUUGAGAGAAGGGAAAUAAAUGUGUUGGACGUAUAUAAUCCUUGGAGCCAAGCUGAUUUUGAGGGGUGGUUGUCACUUCUCAGUCGGAAGGGUGUUGGAGGCCGGGAGGCUGUAUGGCAACAGAGAUAUGUAUGCAUAGUGGGCCCUUUUCUUUAUGUGUUAGAACACCCUAAUGCUAGAUCCUACAAACAAUAUACCAGUUUACGAGGAAAACAACUCUAUCAAGUCCCUCCUGAAAUUAUUGGAAGUGUGAAGAAUGUCUUGGCAAUUUAUGAUGCUGGGCAAGCCAAUAACAAGAUUGUGGAAGAUGGAAAUGCCCUAAUAUUACAUUAUGACUCUGAAGAAUCGAAGAGAAUUUGGCAGAGUAGCUUGCAGGGAGCCAUCUAUCGUGCUUCGGGAUCUGCUCCUAUCGCUGGUAUUUCUGAAUCUUCAUCUGAUUCAGAAGAUGCUGAAAUGGAUCGCAUUGAUAACCAUGAUACCAAUGACCAGUCAAAGGUGGAGAAUUUGUUUUUAACUGGUGUUCUUGAUGAGUUGAAGAUAUGCUUCAAUUAUUGUGGCAAUCAUGACCACAAUUUUACAAAAGUGAUGCUGGAGGAGGAGAAACGUCUAUUUGAGUUUAGAGCGAGGGGUGGUAUGGUUGAGAUUUCAAUAAGGGGAAAAGAUAUUUUUAUUGGCACUGUACUGAAGGCUUUGGAGAUAAAAGAUUUAAUUUUCUCAUCUGGGAUAUCCCAGCCAUAUUAUCUGGCAAGAUCUUUCAUCAGUAGUAGUGAAUCUAGCAAUAGUCCUCAGGUUGACAUUGACGCUCAGGGACAACAUUACAAUAUCAUCAGUUCUAGUCAAUAUGAUGCUGAAGAUAAAUUUUAUGAGGCUUCAGAAGAUCUAAAUGACAUUGAUAGCCCACAUCCGUUGAGGGAUGGAAUUGGUUUCUCAGGUUCUACAACUCCAUUCUCAUCAGAAAAGACCAUCACAAAGGCACCUAGUUUUAAUCGUAUGGCUGGUCUUCUUCCUAUGGAAACAACUGAAAAUGCUAGCAAUAUCAUGGAAGUAACUGAUACAUUUGAUAGCUUUGUGAAGGCACAAGUAAUAAUAUUUGAUCGAGAUUCUCCUAUUUAUUCUAAUGUUGAUACGAAGGUGGUGGUGACGCUAGCUACAUUGUCAUUUUUCUGCCGCAGACCUACAAUACUGGCAAUCAUGCAUUUUGUAAAUGCUAUAAAUAUAAAUGAAGAAAGCCGUGAAUCAUUUAAUGACACAUCAUCAUCCUCUCGACAACAUGACAAUUCUAAUACAAAAGUUGAUGGUGUGCCAUCUGGUGCAGUUGAUGAGCCUUUAGUUAAGAAUUUGCUUGGGAAAGGGAAGUCUAGAGUUAUUUUCUGUUUGAAACUAAAUAUGGCUCGUGCUCAGAUUUUACUGAUGAAAGAAGAUGGGUCUUCACUUGCUACUCUCUCACAAGAUAAUUUCCUUACUGAUAUUAAGGUAUUUCCAUCUUCUUUUUCUAUAAAGGCAUCCUUGGGAAAUCUUCAGAUCAGUGAUGACAAUCUGCCCAGCAGUCACAGUUAUUAUUGGGCAUGUGAUAUGAGGAAUCCAGGAGGGAGAUCUUUUGUGGAGUUGGAAUUCUGUUCAUUCAAUGUUGAUGAUGAAGAUUACGAGGGACAUGACUAUAGCCUUCUUGGUGAGCUAUGUGAAGUACGGGUUGUUUAUUUGAACCGUUUUAUACAAGAGGUUAUCAGUUACUUCAUGGGUCUUGUUCCCAACAAUACAAAAGAUUUUGUCAGGAUUAAAGAUCAAGUCACAAACUCAGAAAAAUGGUUUACCAGAAAUGAGGUUGAAGGAUCACCUGCUUUGAAGCUGGAUGUUUCACUUAGAAAACCCAUAAUACUGAUGCCUCGCUGUACUGAUAGUCUCGAUUUAUUACAGCUUGAUGUUGUUCAAAUCACGAUAAAGAACACUUUUCAAUGGUUUUGUGGGAGCAAAAAUGAAAUGAAUGCAGUGCAUACGGAAACAUUAACGGUUUCAGUCCAAGAUAUAAAUUUAAACAUUGGCGCUGGGUCAGAAGUUGGUGAGAGUAUAAUUCAAGAUGUUAAUGGUAUUUCAAUUGUGAUUCAAAGAUCUCUAAGGGACUUGCUCCAUCAAAUUCCAAGCGUUGAAGUUGAUAUAAAGAUAGAAGAAUUGAAAGCAGCUCUAUCUAGCACAGAGUACCAGAUAAUUACUGAGUGUGCUCUGGCUAAUUUUUCAGAAACUCCAAAUACUUUGCCUCCUAUAGUAGAAGAUUUUGUGUCACCUUCAGCUGAAAUUAUGGAACCAUUAGCACUGCAGAGCUCUGAAAUUGCAAACGGUGAAACUGAAGAUGAUGCCAGAUGGGUUAAUACCAAGGUUUCUGUCUCUAUUGAGCUAGUUGAACUUUGCCUUUUUUAUGGCUUAACAAGGGAUGCAUCUCUUGCAACACUUCAGGUGAGUGGGUUGUGGCUUCUUUACAAAACAAAUACUGCUGGAGAAGGCUUUCUUUCAGCUACACUUGGGGAUUUUUCGGUAGUAGAUGAUCGAGAUGGUAUACAAGAGGAACUCAAGAUGGCAAUUAGGAAACCUGAUACCGUUGGAUAUAAACCUUCAAAUUAUUUGAGAGAUGGGGAUAACAAUCAUGUUGUUACAACUAAUGAUAUGGAGGACAUGGCACCAAGCCCCACCAUGGUUAUUCUUGAUGGCAAAUUUGCUGAAUGUUUGACAUCAGUUUCUCUCUGCAUCCAGAGGCCACAGCUGCUAGUUACCCUAGAUUUUUUGCUUGCUGUUACUGAAUUUUUUGUUCCCACAGUUCGUAGCAUGCUUUCAAAUGACAGGGACAUGAGUUCCUCACAUUUAAAGAAUGCUCUCAUUCUUGAUCAACCAACUUACACCCAGCCUUGUUCUGAGUUAUCAUUGUCACCACUCAACCCUUUGGUUGCUGAUGAUGAAAGAUAUGAUCUUUUUGUAUAUGAUGGCAGAGGUGGAAUACUGUAUUUGCAAGAUAGACUGGGAAAAUACCUUUCUUCCCCUAGUCCAGAGGCUUUAAUCUACGUGGGUAGUGGAAAGAAGUUGCAAUUCACAAAUGUUACAAUCAAGAAUGGGAGGUAUUUAGAUUCAUCCAUCUUACUUGGGCCAAACAGUAGCUAUUCUGUUUUAGAAGAUGAUAAAGUUUUUCUGGAAGAAGUUGAUGAUGUAUUCUCUGCUGAGACCCAUGUCAGUGAAUCUGUUUCUGGAAUUACUUCUCAUAGCCCACAGGCCAGCAAAUCCACAGAGUUCAUAUUUGAGAUGCAGGCUAUUGCUCCAGAACUUACCUUUUACAAUACCUCAAAAGAUGUUGGGGAGUCACUUGAGCUUUUGAAUAAACUUUUGCAUGCUCAGUUAGAUGCAUUCUGCAGGAUUGUUAUAAAGGGAGACACCACUGAAAUAGAUGCAAAUUUCCUUGGAUUAACAAUGGAGAGCAAUGGAAUCAGAAUAGUUGAACCUUUUGAUACCUCCAUGAAGUACUCAAAUGCCUCUGGAAAGACGAAUAUGCACUUUUCUGUCUCAGAUAUAUUUAUGAAUUUCUCAUUCAGUAUUUUGAGACUAUUUUUGGCUGUUGAGGAGGAUGUUUUGGCAUUCAUGAGGACAACAUCAAAAAAAGUCACAAUUGUGUGCUCUGAGUUUGACAAGAUUGGAAGUAUUAAAUGUGGUGAACAGGUAUAUGUGUUCUGGAGACCUCGUGCACCUCCUGGUUAUGCAAUCCUUGGUGACUAUCUCACACCAAUUGAUAAACCUCCGACAAAAGGAGUAAUUGCACUCAAUUCUAGAUUUGUAAGGGUGAAGAGACCCGAGUCGUUUACCCUAGUUUGUUCCUCUUCCCAGUCCCAGGUUGAUAGUGAACUCUGUCUCAGUGGCAAUUAUUCUGAGGAGGGUGGUGUUUGUUCCAUUUGGUUCCCUCGCGCACCUAAAGGCUAUGUUGCGAUGGGAUGUGUGGCUUCUCCUGGAAAUAUUCAACCGUUGCCAACUUCAGUUUUCUGUAUUUCAGAAUGUUUAGUCUCUCCAUGUGAUUUGAGAGAUUGCAUUAAUGUUGGUCAUAACAAUAGAUCUACUAGUUUGGCAUUUUGGCGUGUUGAUAAUUCUGUUGGUACCUUCCUCCCAGCAGAUCCAGCCACCUUGAGUUUGUCUGGUAGGGCUUAUGGACUGCGACAUGUAGUUUUUGGAUUGCAGAAAGAUUCUUCCAAAUUAUCAAAGGGUUCAGAAAUUGGUGCUCCUUCUAAACACCGUAAUGCUCCCCAGCCAGAACAAAUGAACACUGUAAGCUCUGGGAGGAGGUUUGAAGCUGUCGCAACGUUUAAGUUAAUCUGGUGGAAUCAGGGUUCAGGAUCAAGAAAGAGAUUAUCCAUAUGGCGUCCUAUUGUACCAGAAGGGAUGAUAUAUUUUGGUGAUAUUGCAGUCAAAGGGUAUGAACCUCCCAAUAUGUGCAUUGUACUUCAUGAUUCUGAAGAACUUUUCAAAGCUCCUUUUGAUUUUCAACACACUGGACAAAUAAAGAAACAUAGAGCAACAGACAAUAUAUCUUUUUGGAUGCCUCAACCACCUUCAGGGUUUGUUUCAUUAGGCUGUAUAGCUUGUAAGGGAACACCCAAGGCAUCUGAUUUUUUCUCCCUGAGAUGCAUUCGCAGUGAUAUGGUCACCGGGACCCAGUUUUUGGAUGAAAGUGUGUGGGAUACAUCCGAGAUCAAGUUCAUAAAACACCCUUUAAGCGUAUGGGUUAGUGGGAAUAAUCUGGGGACAUUUGUUGUCCGAAGUGAUUAUAAAAAGCCUCCAAAGAGGUUUGCUUUGAAGCUUGCUGAUCAUGAUGUUCCUAGUGAUUCAGAUGUCAUGUUGAUUGAUGCAGACAUUAGAACAUUCUCUGUUGCUCUUUUUGAUGAUUAUGGCGGCUUGAUGGUUCCAUUAUGCAAUGUAUCUUUAAGUGAAAUAUGUUUUAGCUUCCAUGGACGGUCUGACAAUUUCAAUGCCAAUGUUACCUUCUCCUUGGCUGGUAGAUCUUACAAUGACAAAUAUGAUUCCUGGGAACCUCUUAUUGAGCAACUUGACACAUUAUUGAGGUACCGGUAUGAUGUCAAUGCUCCUGGUGCUGCUUCUCAGCUACGCCUCACAUCCACGAGGGAUCUGAAUCUGAAUGUUUCUGUGUCCAAUGUCAAUACCAUUUUUCAAGCUUAUGCCAGCUGGGACAAUCUUGGCCAUAUUAAAAAAACUUAUGAGGAAACCGUGUUUACCACUGAUGGAGGCAAACCUAUCAUCGACAUUCAUCACAAAAAAAAUUAUUUUAUCAUCCCACAAAAUAAGCUUGGUCAGGACAUUUUCAUGAGAACCACUGGAAUUGCGUUUCCCACUAAAGUAAUUAAGAUGCCAUCUGGAGAUAGCAAACCUGUUAGAGUACCAGUUACAAAGAACAUGUUGGACUCACACAUGAAAGGAAGUCAUUUCAAAAAAUGCAGAAAAAUGCUGACAGUCAUCUUAUCAGAGGCAGAGCUCAAGGAGGUUGCAGGAUUAUCAUCUCAUCUGUUUUCUGUAGCUGUCCGUGUCUUCAACUCGCAUGAUCUACCUGUUUUACCCCAACAAAGUGCUCGCACUCGGGGAAUCAGUACUAGUGUCUCUUCUGCUAUCCUUUCAUUGGAAUGGAAUGAAGUGUUUUUCUUCAAAAUUGAUUCACUGGAUUUCUACAAUUUAGAGCUGAUUGUAACAGAUAUUGGGAAAGGUGAUGUUGUUGGCUCUUCUUGUGUUGCGCUGAAACACAUAUAUGGAUCUCAUGACACUUCAGAUGGGCUUCAUUGGAUAGAGUUGUUUUCUAACUCCCCUGUGAUUCAUUCUGGUGAAGGAAGCGUAAUGAAAUCAGCCGGAAGAUUAAAAUGUGCCUUUUACUUGUCCCCUCAAAUUGAUUUAGAGAUCAGCAAGGGAUCAUCUGACAAGGAGAAAAAUGUGGGCUUUAUUCAGAUUAGUCCCACAAGGGAAGGACCAUGGACUACAGUGAGGCUCAACUAUGCUGCACCUGCUGCUUGUUGGCGGCUAGGAAACAAUGUUGUUGCCAGUGAAGUAAGCAUAGUGGAAGGAAAUAGAUAUGUGAAUAUUAGAUCAUUGGUUUCAGUUCGUAAUGAUACAGAAUUUACAAUGCAUCUGCGGUUAAAACAUAGAAUUUCUGAUGAAACAAUGCUGCCUGAUAAUAAAAAGAAAGAUGAAAACGAGAGCAACAUCAAAUAUGUUACUUGUGAGUUGUUCGAAACUCAGAUAUAUGACCCUACUGCUGGCUGGGUUGGACCAGACUUCAAAGAAAUGGCUUCUGGAGUUGGGUUGCCCUCAGGGUGGGAAUGGGUUGAUGCCUGGCAUGUUGAUGAGAGUGCUGUUAACACAGCAGAUGGAUGGGUUUAUGCUCCAGACGUUGAAAGUCUGAAAUGGCCAGAAUCUUGUAACCCAGUUAAGUUUGUGAACUAUGCAAGACAAAGGAGGUGGUUUCGUGAUAGAACAUGUGUAUCAGGAGAUCCUAAACCACAUAUUUGUGUUGGGCCUCUAAGGCCUGGCGAAGUUAUUCCUCUUCCUCUCUCAGCACUUGCUCAGUCUGGACGCUAUGUACUGCAAUUAAGACCUGACUUAGAAGAAGAAUGCUCGUGGAGUUCUGUUAUUGAUGGGUCACAUAACUCGCAUGAUUUUAGUAUGCAACCAGAGAACUCAGGGAUAUGUGUGUCUACUCUCAAAGUAUCUGAAGAACUUUUGUGCUGCUCAUUGAUUAGUGAAAUAUCAAGCAAUUCAUGCAGCAGGUGGUUUUGCUUGAGCAUACAAGCCACAGAGAUUGCUAGGGAUAUUAAUUCUGAUCCUAUCCAAGAUUGGACCCUUGUGAUCCAGGCUCCACUCUCAAUUAGCAAUUAUCUUCCAUUUGUUGCAGACUAUUCUGUCCAUGAGACACAGAAAAGCGGUCAUUUCCUUACCUGUUCUGAAGGAGUGCUUGGUCCCGGCAAGUGUGUCAAGGUUUAUAAUGCUGACAUAAGAAACCCUGUGUACUUGUCAUUGCUUCCACAAAGAGGAUGGUUGCCAGUACAUGAGGCUGUUCUCAUAUCCCACCCUAGUAAAGUGCCAUCAAAGAUGAUAAGUUUGAGAAGUUCAAUUACUGGAAGGAUUGUUCAAAUCAUCCUUGAACAAGGCCACGUGGAUGAAAGGCCUUUACAAGCCAAGUCCAUUAAGGUUUCUUCUCCUUACUGGCUAGCAAUACGAAGAUGUCCACCCCUUACACUGAGAUUUCUGGACUUGGAAGUGAAGAAAUCCAGGAAGGUGUCUUUCCCUUUUCAUUCAAAAAGUAAUAGCAACGGUAUCCUUGAAGAAAUCACUGAUGAGGAAAUAUAUGAUGGUUACACAAUUGCAUCUGCUUUGAACUUCAAAAAACUUGGUAUUAUGGCAUCAAUUGGCCAUUCUGGAAAGGAGCAUUUUGGGUGUGUUUCUAGUCUUUCUCCCCUAAGUGAAAUGGAUGGGUCACUUGAUCUUCAUGCUUAUGAUGCUGAUGGAAAAUGCAUGCAAAUCUAUGUGUCUUCAAAACCUUGCCCUUAUCAAUCUGUUUCAACAAAGGUUAUUUCUUUCCGGCCAUUCAUCACGUUCACAAACAGGGUUGGCCAAAGUUUAUUUAUUAAGUUAAGCAGCCAAGAUGAGCCAAAGAUUUUGCACGCAUCAGAUGCUCGGGUGCCAUUUGUGGUUAAUGAAACAAGUAGCUCAGAUGAAUUGCAAACAAGUGUGUCAAAUAUAUUGCAGGUUCGACUGGUUGAUACAAAUUGGUCUUUUCCCAUUCAAAUUGUGAAGGAGGAUACAUUCUCCCUGGUUUUGAGGACAGCUGAUGGCACACGAAAGUUUGUGAGGAUUGAAAUUCGUGGAUUUGAGGAAGGUUCCCGCUUCAUUGUUGUCUUUCGACUUGGAUCCACAAAUGGUCCUAUUAGAAUUGAAAACAGAACAAGUAGAGCAGAAAUAAGAGUUCGGCAGUCUGGAUUUGGCGAUGACAUGUGGAUCCAAUUGUUACCUCUUUCGACUACCAAUUUCUCAUGGGAGGAUCCAUAUGGUCUCAAGGCUAUUGAUUCUGAGAUUCGUAUUGGAAAUAGCAGUACAGUCUUGAAGCUUGACCUGGACAGAUCAGGGUUUUGCUCUAAAUGUGAUGAGUAUGGCUUGCUUUUCCAUGUUGCAGAUCUGGAUGAUAUCAGGGUUGCAAGGUUUGUAGAUGAAAAGAUGUACAUGUUGGUCCCAAAUGAAGGGAGCUUAUCUUUGACAGAAUCUAAAAAUUUGGGAAGCAGCUCUGAGAUUCAGAACCAGACCCAGGAGCUUGGGUCUCCUUUGGAACUUACUAUUGAGUUAGGUGCUAUAGGGGUUUCUGUUGUGAAUCAUAAUCCCAAAGAACUAUCAUAUAUAUACCUGGAAAAAGUCUCCAUAUCUUAUUCCACUGGGUAUGAUGGUGGAUCCACAAGCAGGUUCAAGCUCAUAGUCGGUUACUUACAAUUUGAUAAUCAACUCCCUCUCACUUCAAUGCCUGUGUUGUUGGUACCUGAACAAACAUUUGAUCUGCAACAUCCAGUGUUUAAAAUGACAGUUACUAUGCGGAAUGAGAAUGUUGACGGAAUUCAAGUGUAUCCAUAUAUUUAUAUACGGGUAACUGAUAAGUGCUGGAGGCUUAACAUUCACGAGCCCAUAAUAUGGGCUUUUGUGGAAUUUUAUAACAAUCUUCAACUGGACCGUCUCCCAAAGAGUUCAAAUAUCGGUCAAGUUGACCCCGAAAUACGUGUGGACCUCAUUGACAUAUCCGAAGUACGGUUAAAAUUGUCAUUAGAGCCCUCACCAGCCCAAAGGCCACAUGGAGUUUUAGGUGUUUGGAGCCCUAUACUAUCUGCCAUUGGGAAUGCAUUCAAAAUUCAAGUGCAUUUGAGGCCAGUUGUGCGCAGAGAUAGGUUUAUGAGGAAAAGUGCAAUAGUUUCUUCCAUUGGUAAUCGCUUCUGGAGAGAUCUUAUCCACAACCCUCUUCACUUAAUUUUUUCAGUAGAUGUUCUUGGUAUGGCGAGCUCAACUUUAGCCUCUCUUAGCAAAGGCUUUGCGGAACUGUCAACAGAUGGGCAGUUUCUACAUUUGCGGUCAAAGCAGGUUCGUUCAAGAAGAAUAACUGGGGUAGGGGAGGGAUUCCUUCAAGGAACAGAAGCUCUUGCACAAGGUGUGGCUUUUGGGGUUUCAGGGGUUGUGACGAAGCCAGUUGAGAGUGCUAGACAGAACGGUCUUCUUGGACUUGCCCAUGGAUUGGGUCGGGCAUUUGUAGGUUUUAUUGCACAACCCAUGAGUGGGGCCCUCGAUUUCUUCUCAUUGACCGUUGAUGGAAUCGGAGCCAGCUGUACCCGGUGCAUUGAGAUUCUUAGUAACAAAACCAGCAACUUCCAUAGGAUAAGAUAUCCGCGGGCUAUUCAUUCGGACAAUCUACUCAGAGAUUAUUGCGAACGGGAAGCCCUUGGUCAGAUGAUGCUUUAUCUUGCUGAAGAAAGGCGUGGUUUUGGAUGUACUGAGCUAUUUAAAGAGCCGUCAAAGUUUGCUUGGUCGGAUUAUUAUGAAGAUCAUUUUACUGUCCCCUAUCAGCGUAUUGUUUUAGUCACAAAUAAGCGUGUGAUGUUGUUGCAGUGUGUGUCACCUGACAAGAUGGAUAAGAAACCUUGCAAGAUCAUGUGGGAUGUACCGUGGGAAGAAGUUCUUUCCUUAGAGUUGGCAAAAGCCGGGUAUCCUAAACCUUCUCAUCUCAUCAUUCAUCUUAAGCAUUUCCAAAGACCAGAAAAGUUUGUUCGGGUUGUAAAGUGCAAUACAAAUGAAGAAGGCCUUGAGGAGGAACCUCAAGCUGUUAAGAUCUGUUUGGUAGUACGUAAGUGGUGGAAAGCACACCAUUUUGACAUGCACAACCUUGGAUUAAAGGUUUUGUCUAGCCAAAGGCGUGUUUGCUUUGCUUGGGACGAUUCUGAGGGUACUAGUAAUGGUACUACUGGAGGACCGUCUUCUUCUUCAUCUAUUAAUGAAAACAAGUUCAUUCUACGAGUUAUCAACUUCUCAAAGGUUUGGAGCAGUGAACCAGAGGUUAAAGGUCGGUGUACAUUGUGCCAAAAGCGGGAUACGGAAGAAGCCGGGCUUUGUACUAUUUGGCGCCCAAUUUGUCCACGUGGCUACGUCUCAAUCGGGGAUAUAACCCGUACUGGGCCACACCCUCCCAAUGUGGCAUCUGUAUAUCGAUAUACUGACAAGGACUUCAUACUCCCAAUGGGGUUCGACCUGGUUUGGAGGAACUGCUCCGAUGACUACACUGCUGAUGUGUCGAUCUGGCAUCCCCGGGCUCCCGAUGGGUAUGUUUCGCCUGGUUGCGUAGCCGUGCCGGGUUUUGCCGAACCCGAACCGGAUGCCGUGUAUUGCAUCGCGGAGUCGCUUGUGGAGGAGACCGUGUUUGAGGAACAAAAGAUUUGGUCGGCACCCGAUUCGUAUCCGUGGGCGUGUCAUGUGUACCAGGUGCACAGUGAUGCUCUUCACUUUGUAGCUUUGAGGCAGCCCCGGGAGGAAUCUAAUUGGAAGCCUAUGAGGGUAAUUGAUGAUGACUUGCAGCAACAGCAGCCUUCCAUUGAGAUUCGGCCUUCAAGGUAAGAUUUUUGUUUGGACAAUGUUACUUUAACCUCAUGGAUGCACCGCCACAACUCACAGAUGAUUUCUACAUACCUACACAGACGAUCGUCCGUGGUAUGAUUGUCAUCCGUGGUGGGUUCCCAGCAUGAUCCAUGUCUCUGAGAAAUCUUUGUUUGUGAAACAAUGACGAUGUCAAUCUUGGUGUUACCCGUGGCAGCAACACGAUCGAUCCAUUUUGUCCAGUUUUAAAUUUAUGUACCCCACGCCACCCCGCCUUUUUUUGUUACAACUCAUGUAGUUGGUUUCUCGGUUUGUUGUUGAGCUUGUUGUAGACUUGUAGAUAAUAUUUGUAAUUAGAUGAAAUGAUUUUGUAAACUGAACGCGCAAAAUGGAUUUCAACAAAAGGGUCAUGCUACAGUUCAAAAAAUGCACGUCGUCAUCAUUUGCCUUAAAAAAGGUUACACAUAUUA